UUUCAUUCGUUAAAUGCGUUUUCUUUAUCCGUGCGUGUGUCUGUUCGACAAUAUUAUUUUCGAAAACUAAAGCCAGAAUGCUGAAAUUUUUGUGACUUCAACUAAGAAUUGUGUAUAGUGAAACUUUGAUUUAACUCCACCGUUAAUUAACUUCAAGCAGUAAGAAAUUAUAGUGAUGAAGUUUAGACACGAAUUAAGGUUGAGCGUUUGAAAGUCACGUGAUCUGAUGAUAACAGUGUCGUUCACAAUGCAAAAUUACACACAAUUAGUAAUUCACAGAUACUGAAGGAUUAUUUAAUAUUUAUGGAAGAAGAUACAUUGGGGUCUUAUGAAUAUUGCGCUCUGUCGAGGUCUAAUUUUAUCCAAUUUAUGUUUACUUCCGGCUUCUCCCGAAUACAUUGUACUAUAUCCAGUUGAAAAAACGAAUGAAUCUCAAUCGACUGUGGUCGGUUUAAGGUUUAAUAUGGAAUCGACUCACUUCGAUUCAAAACUAAAAUGCACUUCUAUUAUAUUCCAAGUUAUCGACGUCAGAAGUGAUGUAAAAGUUGUGGAGAAUAAUCGAAAAAAUGAACUCCAAAUGGAAGAAAACAGAGGAGCUGACAGUGUUAGAGCCGAAGAUGUUCGUGGUUUGGCCAAUCAUAUCAUGCCCAGAAUAGAAGUGUUAUUAUUAUUACUGCUGCUACCUUUUCUAUGAUGGAAUCGAUUGUCAAACUAGUCAGGUGAUAAACUAUCAAACUGCACUUGUCAGUCAGUCCACUCCCAAGUUCAGUUGACAAAAGCUUGUCUACUUAAACAACUGAAUGCAGUGUUUUAUCGUAAUUUGAUUCGAAAGGUACUUUGUUUCAGGUGCUUAAUUUGUCCGUGUUUUAUCAACAGGCACUCGCUGAAGUUUUGUUAUUUUUAUUUUUUUGUUAAAUUUACAGUCAAAUAUUUUUCAAUCUGUUUAAAUUUAAACUCUCUUCAUCAUUAUAACAGUAACUACAUCUAAAACUGUGACUUGAAAUUUUAAAUAUCAUAGAAUGGAAGAAAGAAAAAAGUUCUGACAUAUAAUAGAAAUAUAUAUAAUCGAGUGAGCAGCUAGUCUACGUAAAUUUGACUAAAAAAAAAGAAAAUUUUUUUAAUUUAUGAAAC